AUGGAGGGUAGCCGAUUCAACAUAACAAAGCUGAAUAACAGCAACUACAACAGUUGGCGUUUUAAGGUGGAGCUGUUACUCGUCCGGGAGGAGCUUUGGCGUUUCGUAGAACCGGGUGUCAAACCGGAUGGCGAAUCGCAGGCUACAUGGGACGCUGGUGUUCUAAAAUCCAGGGCGACAAUCGGUUUGCUGAUAGAGGACAACCAACACGGGUUAAUUCGUGCUUCGAGGACGGCACGCGAGGCUUGGUUGUCGCUACAGAACCAUCAUCGCAAGACAACUCUAACCUCAAAAGUUUCACUCCUAAAAAGGAUUUGUGAUAAGCGAUACUCGGAUGGCGAAGAUAUGGUCGAACACAUAUUUAAAAUGGAAGAUUUGUUCGAGCAGCUGCGAAAUGCUGGACAGGAGUUGCCAGAAAACCUCAGGGUCGCGAUGAUUCUGCGGAGCCUGCCAAACUCCUUCGCCACACUCUCCACCGCUUUGGAGGCUCGCGCAGACGACGAUCUCACAAUGGAGCUCGUGAAGAGUAAGCUGAUCGACGAGGCCGACAAGCAACGCGAGGUAACAACGGAUUCCGUGCUGGAGGUUGGCAUCGGACGACAUAGCAAGCAGAGAAGGCCGAUCGUGUGUUACCGGUGCAACAAGACGGGCCACACGAAGCCGAAUUGUCCACAAUCGGUUCGGGCGUCUGAUAGAAGCAGCAGCCGUGGCAAACCACAGAAGAAGGACGACAGCGUAUCAUUUGCGUUUGCAGGGGUUAUUGUUAGCCGGGAUGUUCGUUUUGUCGAAAAUUUUAAUUUCAGCGCUAACAGAAUCAGACCAGCAUCAUCAAUUAAAGCCAUCGAGGAGGAGGUUGAAUACGAAUCCAUGUUAAAGAAACCUUCAUAUCAUCUGGAAGAGAACAGCGAUAACGAGGAAGAAACAUUCGAUUCGGCCAACAGCGACAAUGAUGAAGACUCAGCACCCUGUAGCAACGACAGCGUGGAUACUGAAGAUGGUCCGAGAAGAUCUGGUCGAGUUACGAAAGGAGUCCCACCGGAGCGGUACGUCGAAGUAUCGGGAUUGACAAAGCAUGAUGCAAGUGAGCCCCGAAACUACUCGGAAGCAAUUCAGCACGCAGAAAAGGAUGCUUGGCAGUCAGCCAUGGAAGACGAAAUAAAUUCGUUAAAUGAAAACCAUACGUGGGAGUUAGUACCGCUACCCGCAGGAAAGAAAGUAGUAGGUUGUAAAUGGACCUACAAGCGAAAGGAAAAUGAAAAUGGUCAAGUGGUACGGUACAAGGCGAGAUUGGUCGCACAAGGAUUCUCCCAACAGUUCGGCACAGAUUAUGACGAAGUAUUUGCCCCCGUGGCGAAACAAACCACUCUUCGGACUUUGCUGUCGAUAGCAUCUCGGAAGGGUAUGGUGGUAAAACAUCUGGACAUAAAGAGUGCGUACUUGUAUGCAGAUCUGGAAGAAGAAGUAUAUAUGAAGCAGCCUCCAGGGUUCCAGUCGGAUGAAAAUCUAGUGUGCCGACUCAAACGGAGCUUGUACGGUUUAAAACAAUCUGCACGGGUUUGGAAUAAAAAGAUCGACGGAGUGUUCAAGAACAUGGGGUUCCAACCUGGCCUGGCAGAUUCGUGUUUGUACGUGAAGAACGAGGAAGGCGAAAGGUGCUUCAUAUUGAUCUACGUGGACGACAUGGUGGUGUUCUGCAAAUCGGAAAAAGAAUUCGACAAUAUUAGCGCUGUGUUAAAAGAACAGUUUAAGCUGUCCAACCUGGGAGAUUUGCGGCAAUUUCUAGGCAUACACAUAGAGAAAAUAGACGGCCAUUACGUACUUGAUCAAAAGAAUUACAUCGAAAAGAUAGUUGGCAGAUUCGGACACGAGGAUGCAAAGCCAUCGAAGAUUCCGCUCGAUCCAUGUUAUCUAAAGCAAAAGGAGGAGAAAGUCCUGGAAACCAACACAUCGUAUCGUUCAUUGAUAGUGUUAUUGACCUUCGCUAAUCAUUUGGGCCCUUUUAACGUAAUUGCUUUGUUUUCUUCCCCUUUCCAAUCGUCCAGGUACCGACUAUGGCACCUAGCUGCUUGCGGUCUAUUACUACUAGUCCUAGCACAGUGCACGGCGGGAGCCGAUCUCAAGGAACGGGCCCGUGCCGCUUUACUACUGGAAAAACCGAACGGUUCUGCCAGCUGCCAAGUGCAGCAGCCUCAACCUUGCCCACCGAGCAAGUUCCGUUCGGCGUCGGGCGAAUGCAACAACUUCAACCGCCGUUACUGGGGUGCCCGCGGGGAUCCCUUCAUACGACUGCUCCAGCCCGACUAUGCGGACGGCAGACUUAAGCCCCGUACGUCGAUCGGAUCGCAUGCACUGCCCACGCCCGACUUCAUCGUGAAUCAACUGCAGCGGUCCGUCGACGAGAAGGCCCUCCAUCCGCACAUCACGGCCAUGCUGCCGGCCUGGGGACAGCUGCUAGCGUACGAUCUUGUGCAGAUAUUGUCCCCGAACUCACGCUACCGUUGCUGUCGCAAUCAAACGCAAACGGACGAAACGCAGGACGACGUUGUGCAGUGUUACGUACGGAUGGGUGAAGGAUGUCGCGAGUACAAGCGAUCGAUCCCGUCGCACGAUCCUUCCAACUGCGAGUUCCACUAUCGCGACCAGAUGAAUGCGGCAUCCGGCUUUCUGGACGGUUCGGGACUGUACGGCACGACGGAGAAGGAAAUUCACGCGCUGCGCACAUUCCUGAACGGGAAGGUAGAUACCGGGGCCUGCUUGCGCUGUAACGAGCCGGGCGCCAUCGGUGCACUGCACACGGUGCUGCUAAAGGAACACAACCGCAUUGCCGAUCAGCUCGCAAAGCUCAAUCCGGAGUGGAGCGACACAACGCUGUUCUACGAAACGCGCCGCAUCGUGAUGGCACAGAUUCAGCACAUCACGUUCAACGAAUUCUUGCCCAUCCUGCUGGGCAGCCAGAUCACGAACAAUCCCGAUCUACGGCUGGAAACCGGUGGCUACUACAGUGGCUACUCUAGCGCGAACCGUGCCGGCAUCUUUGCAGAGGUGGCCGUCGGUGCUAUUCCAGCCUUCCUCACGAUGCUACCUCCGGACAUGUACAACGACUCGAUGUCGGCCGAGAUUUUGCUCUCUUCGCCGGCAAUGCAGCAAACGUUCAUCCCCGACCAUGCCAGCUUUAACGACGAGUGGACACCGAUUUCGCUGGCAAUUCAUCGUGCGCGCGAUCAUGGCGUACCGGCCUACCACAAGGCGAUCAAUUUGUGUGAAAAGCGCUUUGGAAAACCGUUCGGCACGAAGCUCAACUUCGACGACAUGCAGUUCUUUGGGCUGGGACAGGGCAAGCGCGAGGUGUUGGAGAGCAUGUACCAAGAUCCGGAAGAUAUCGAUCUGUUGGUGGGUGGACUGAUGGAAACUUCGGCCUUGGGAACAGUGUUCGGACCCACGCUAACCUGCCUGAUGGCAAUCCAGUUUGCGAACAUGCGUAGCAGCGAUCGGUUCUGGUACGAGAACGAUCUGCCACCGUCCUCGCUGACACUGCCCCAGCUGCAGGCUAUACGCCGGGUCACGCUUUCCGGUCUGUUGUGCGAAACAAAGGACGUACAGCGGGCCCAACCGAAGGCCUUCAUCCGCGAGGAUCCGUACCUGAACGCGCGGCUUAACUGUGAGCAGCUCGGUGGGCUCGACGUUUCGGCCUGGCGCUCGGAACAGGACGACGAGGUGGAGGAGUACAUGCAGGAAGAGCAGCCAACACCGCCCGAGUUCGAGGAACUCAACAUGGAUCUGAUCUCGAGCGCCAUCAACAAGGCCAAAACGAGGCUCAACGAACGCAAGCGACAGGAAUACGAGGCGUGGGUACGACAGGGAGGCAUCGAUGCCAAGUCUCCGGACGGAACGGCCGCUUCCUUCAGCAAAGCUAACCGAAAUGCACUGAUCAUCGCUAACACCUCACUGUUCUACGAGCUGGCCACGAACGAGAUCGUUAACUCGCUGCAUACGCUCCGACGUCGCAAGCGCCAAGUCUUUGACAACAAUCUGGGCGGAUUUACCAGUGACGACUUCAGCAAUGCACUCCAAAGCGUAGACGUCAACCAGUUCAUUACUGGUUCGAUCUCGCCCAUCAAUCUGGAACCGCAGUGUGAAAAUCUGGAAGCACCCUGUGACACCACAACGCCCUUCCGUACACUAACCGCCCAUUGUAACAAUCUGCGCAACGCAGAACUUGGACAAUCACUUACCGUGUUUGCCCGACUACUACCUCCAGUGUAUGAUGACGGCAUUUCCCAGCCACGAUCACUCUCCGUCACCGGCACACCGUUGCCAAAUCCUCGCUCCAUAUCCUCACUAAUCCAUCCGGACAUCUCCAACCUGCACACGCGCUAUUCGCUGAUGGUGAUGCAGUACGCACAGUUCCUUGAUCACGAUCUCACUAUGACACCGAUCCACAAAGGUUUCCACGAGUCGAUCCCCAGCUGCCGGUCGUGUGACUCACCCCGUACCGUGCAUCCGGAGUGCAGUCCAUUCCCGGUGCCACCACGCGACCACUACUACCCGGAGGUGAACGUCACCAGCGGCGAACGGUUGUGCUUCCCUUCAAUGCGUUCCCUUCCCGGUCAGCAGACACUCGGACCCCGUGAGCAGAUCAACCAGAAUACAGCCUUCCUGGAUGCGUCACAGGUCUACGGCGAGAACGGGUGCAUUGCGAAGAAGCUGCGCGGAUUCUCGGGUCGUCUAAACUCCACGAUCCACCCGAUACAGGGCAAGGAACUGUUGCCUCAGAGCCCGGUACAUCCCGAGUGUAAAUCGCCGAGCGGAUACUGCUUCAUUGCGGGCGAUGGACGUGCCUCGGAACAGCCAGGUCUGACCGCGAUCCACACGCUAUUCAUGCGCGAGCAUAACCGCAUCGUCGAGGGGCUGCGCGGUGUCAAUCCACACUGGAACGGCGAUCAGCUGUACGAGCAGGCGCGCCGUAUUGUGAUUGCCCAGAACCAGCACAUCACCUACAACGAGUUCCUGCCACGCAUCCUCAGCUGGAACGCGGUCAACCUGUACGGCUUGAAGCUGCUGACGCAGGGCUACUACAAGGAGUACAACCCAACCUGCAAUCCAUCGAUCGUGACGGAGUUCGCAACGGCCGCGUUCCGCAUCGGCCAUUCGUUGCUCCGCCCGCACAUUCCACGGCUCAGCGUGCAGCAUCAACCGAUCGAUCCACCGCUGCUGCUGCGCGAUGGAUUCUUCCGCACGGACAACUUCCUGCAACCCGGACUUGUGGAUGAGAUUGCGCGUGGUCUCGUCGCGACACCGAUGGAAACGCUCGAUCAGUUCAUCACCGGCGAGGUUACGAACCAUCUGUUCGAGGACCGUCGCAUUCCGUUCUCGGGUUUCGAUUUGAUCGCGCUAAACAUUCACCGGGGCCGUGAUCAUGGUGUGCCUUCGUACAACAACUACCGUGCGCUGUGUAAUCUGAAGCGCGCUCAAACAUGGGAAGAUCUGGGUCGAGAAAUCCCGCCGGAGGUGAUCGCUAGGUUGCGUCGCAUUUACGCACACGUGGACGACAUUGAUCUCUUCCCGGGCGGUAUGUCCGAGCGUCCGCUGCAGGGUGGACUGGUUGGACCGACGUUCGCCUGCAUUAUUGCGAUCCAGUUCCGACAGCUGCGCAAGUGCGAUCGUUUCUGGUACGAAAACGAAGAUCCAGUGACGAAGUUUACCGAGCAGCAGUUGGCCGAGGUCCGCAAGACGACACUGGCGAGGAUCAUUUGCGAGAAUCUAGACAUUACCGGUGAUAUGCAGCGAGCAGCUUUCGAUCUGCCAAGCAACUUCCUCAAUCCACGAGUUCCGUGCAGUUCCAUGCCACAAAUUGAUCUCAGCGCGUGGAGAGAAAACAUCGUCCAGGGUUGCCAGAUCGGUGGCAAGAACGUGAAUGUCGGAGAGUCGGCCUUCCCAUCGCCGUGUACGAGCUGCAUCUGUACCAACGAAGGGCCUCAAUGUGCCUCGCUACGCAUUACCGACUGUGCCCAGCUUGCCCGCGAGUGGCCCCGUGACGUGAUCCUCCGGGACGACGUGUGCAGUGCGCAGUGCGGACUGGUGCUACAAAACGCCUCUCCUCAGGGCCGUAACAUCCCGAUCAGCUUGCGGCCACCUCCUCAGCGUGUGGCACGGUCCCGCAUCGUCCAGCAGCAAACGGCAUCGCAACCGUUCACCUUCCAGGGCUUCCAGUUCCCCGAUCUUUCGCAGUUUAUCGGAUAGAGAGAGAGAGAGCCAGGGAAACGAGGUGCUGUUGGCACAGGUGUAGGAAGCAUCCUUCCUUUUUGUACAUAUUGAGCGGCCAUAAUUGAUAGUUUCUCUCACACCGUUGCUGUUUUUUUAUUAUUAUUUUAUUGUCCAAUUAUGAACGGUCCAUUGACCCUGAUCAUCGGUCUACUCUACCGCGUAACUGCCCCAAUCCGACGAUCCUCUCAACGGUGUUUAUUAUUUACGGUUUUACCACUUUAUCUCCGCGCCACUGCGCCACUCCUUAAGUUAUAAUCCCUGCAUUAGGGUGUGCGACAAUCGCAAUCCGUACCGUAAUCCAAUGCGCUGUACAGAACCGUGUACUGUUUACUACUUUAUUUUUCGCCUUAGUACACUGUCUACUAUUUUCAUACGCUGGAAGGCGACGAUCUGUGAAGUUCGGUUACAAAUGAAUGGAAGAAGUAUGUUAAUGGUUCAAACCGUAUGUGAGACGGAGCAGCAGUAAGCAGCAACUAGUGAUCUAAAUGAUAUGUAGAGAUUUAUUUACUAUGUGUAGCAAAGAUUCGUUCGACCGUAGUGCUGUUAGUCUACGAACGAAUACGGUCCAGUAGGGACACCGUCGAUUUAAACUAUAAUAAAAUGUAAUACAA